AUGCUCUAUAAAAUCGAUAACUAUUCAAUUGUGCUCUUUGGGAUUUACGAUCAAAAAGUGAUUGAAAAAAAUGAGGAUCUGACGAAAUGGUUUUGGGUGGCGCUGACUCUCGAGGUGUUGGGAAUGAUGCUCUCGUGCGGGUCUGGAUUGCUAAUGAUAAAAAUCGUUCGAAACUCAUCAACUUUUCACAAGAAUUUGCGGCACAUUCUCAUCAUUUUCAUCACCGAGUACCUGAUAUCUGAAAUGUUUCGCAUUGUGCUCAUGGGAUAUCAAUUUGGAUACCUCAGUAUUACAGGAAACGUCUACAUCGAUUCACCGCUUCUCAUCAUCAGUCUCUACCGGAUUUACAUUUAUUGCGCUGCCCUCUCGAUGCUAGCAAACGCCUUGAUGGAACGGACCUUUGCCGUUUUCUUCUUCAGGGAUUACGAGUACAUUGAGAGAUCAUGGAUUCAAUGGUUUAUUCAAGGCACUGUCACAACUGGUUGUGCUUUCUCCGGUGUUGGAUAUACAUUUUAUGGAACUCAACAACCGCAGCUCUUCUUCGAGAUUAUCUGCGCCAUUUUACUAUCGUUGAUUGUUAUUGGAUCUUUAGCAUUCCUGUUCAUUUCGCACUUAAAUGCUAGCUUUCUCAAAUUACUUCUAACCACUUUUGACAUCAAGAAAUACACGCUGAGUCGACGAUUUCAAUUAGAGGAGAAUGUCAAAGCUUUGCUGCUUAUCAAACGAAUCGUUUUGAGUCACGGUCUUUAUGCGAUUUUUGGUGUUUUAUUGUUUGCGGGUCCAUAUGUGAUUUUUGAGUUGAAUACACCCGAGUUGGAGCUGUCGAUUGCGUUUUUUGAGACAUCGGCCAGCAAUAUUUACUACGAUUUCCCUCUCCUCAUCUUCUCAUCAUACCGUUUUUAUGUCUACUGUGCAGCAGUGGUCUUAUUGAGUAACAUGUUAUUUGAGCGAGCUUUGGCCAUCUUUUUCAUUCGUGACUAUGAGUGGAAGCGAAGGCGGUGGAUUAUAUGGGCUCUGCACACAAAUUCGAUUGUUGUUCAAUCGUUUUCUGUACUUAUGUACACGUUAAUGGCCUGCUACUACAACGGAUUUAUCUUCAAAGUGAUGUACCCCUACAUGCUCGUUUGGCUCUCAAACGCAUUUUGGGUCUUUUUAUUCAUUUCGCAUUUGAACAAACGCUUUCUGGCGUUUAUUUUGAAAACGUUCGAUUUAAAUAAGUACACGCUGAGUCGCCGAUUUCAACUCGAGGAAAAUGUGAAAGCGCUGAGUUUUAUCCGUAAAAUUUUCAUUCUACAUUGUGUCUUUUGCUUGAUGGCGAUGAAUGUCUUUGCUUUACCGCAUUUAAUUUUCGAGAUGGGGACGCCGGAGAUGGAGCUAUGCAUCGCGGCAUUGGAGGCUACGCAGGGAAUUUACGGUAUCACGAUGAACACAAUGAUGAUCUACAUGGUGCCGUCAUGGCGAAAAAAACUAAAAUCGUACAAAACCAUGUGGGUACGAGGUAAGCCAAAUACGAAAUCGCCGACAAUCGAGCAACGACAAAUGUCGGCCACCGAAGAGGCGAAUAUCUAUUUCAUGGAAUUGGGCAAAAUGUGGGCA